AUGCGACGGGCUGCACUAAAAUCAUUUGCAAAUCGGAUUCUAAUUCCCCGUAACUCCGUCUCCACAACCGCCAGAACAUUUAACGAAGACUUGUUAGAAAGCAUAAAAGAAAGAAUCGCCAGGAAUCGCCGCAUCCUUCAGAAGCAUUCUUCCUCUCAUUUGAAGGCUCGAGAAGUCAACGCUAGCAUUUCAAACCUGCGUCAAUCCAUGGCUUCUGUACAAAAGAAACAAAAAGCUGCUCAUGAACCACCGUCUAAUUCAAUCGUCAAUAUUCCCAGUCAAGUUUCAAUUGAGGUCCUGGGAAAUGGAACAGGAUUGCUCCAUGCGUGUUUCAUUCUUCGCACACCACUAAAAACUUAUAUGUUCAACUGUCCAGAAAAUGCAUGCAGGUUCUUAUGGCAACUCCGAGUCCGCAGUUCAAGUGUGGUCGAUUUAUUUCUAACUUCAGCAAGUUGGGAUAAUAUCGCUGGAAUUUCCUCGAUUCUCCUUUCCAAAGAGGCAAAUGCCAUGCCCACUCGUCUUCAUGGAGCCAUGAAUAUCAAGCAUUUUCUAGAAUGUAUUCGUCCAUUUCAAGAUUCGGACUAUGGAAGCUGCAAGUACCCAUCUCAAGUAGAAGAACGACCGUAUACAAUGGGAAAUUACGAGGAUGCUGGCUUGAAAGUUACAUAUAUUCCACUCAGCCCGCCGUUAGAUAUGACCAGCAGAACGAGCAACAAGAAUAAAGUGAACAAUGUGGAUGUGGCUUUUUUGAUUGAGAUGAAAGAAGCUGCACGGAGGAUUGAUGUGACAAAGUUACUCGAACUAAAAGUGCCGAAAGGACCAUUAAUUGGGAAACUGAAAUCAGGAGAAGCUGUUACUCUUCCUGAUGGAAGAACUAUUCAACCGGAUCAAGUCUUCUCAUCCCACAAAGUUGAAGGAGAGAAGCCAUUUCUAUUGGUAGCAGAGUGCACAACAGAACAACAUGUUCAAUCUCUGCUUGAUUCUUCUUCUAUGCAACAAUUCUUCAAUAAAGGGAAACAGCUGGACUACAUGGUUCAUCUCAGUCGUGAGUCGGUGAUUAAUACGGAAUCUUACAAAAAGCUAAUGGAAAAACUGAGCGAUGCUGGUACAUCUCAUUUGCUAAUCAAUGAAGUUAAUCCAGUGAUACCUGCUGUGGAAAGUGUAUACAAGCAUACGCGUCUCCUGCGAACAAUUUCUCCUUCUCUUUUCCCACCGCUUCAUCCAAUCAACUGGAAUGGCAUAAUCACUCAAAACAGUGAACUUGCGGAAAAGCAGGACCAAUUCAUUCGGGUUGCUCCAUUGCAAAGGUAUUGGAUGAGAAGAGGAAACUCGCAAAAUGAGGAACCAAUUAUCAACAAUCUAUUAGCUUCUGAUCCGGAAAUUUCUGUUAAAGCAAAAGAGCUGAUUGCGGAGUAUAGAAAAUUGGAAGACAGUGUUGAAAACAACUGCGAAUUCCCAAAGUUGACGUUCUUCGGUACAUCUUCUGCAGUUCCAUCAAAAUAUCGAAAUGUGACGGGCUAUUUGGUUGAAGGUUCUGACGAAAGUGCGAUACUUCUAGAUGUUGGAGAAGGAACAUAUGGACAAAUGAAAGCAAUCUUUGGAGAAGUUGGCUGCAAAAAAUUGCUCACGAAUCUUCACUGUGUUCUAAUCACACAUGCUCAUCAGGACCAUAUGAAUGGUCUCUACACAAUUGUGGAUCGUCGAAAAGAGGCAUUUGAAUCACUAGGAAUACCGUACCGACCUCUUGUUCUUGUGUGCAAUAGAAAUGUGCUGAAACCCCUCAAAACAUAUUCCAUCUGUUUUGAAAACAUCCAAAGCCUACUGGAAAUUGUGGAUAUUUCUAGACAUCCCCUUACACCACCUUCCAGUCCCAACGGUCCACCCGGAAAAAGGCCAAAACUUCCGAGCCCGCAUUUGCCACCGUGCCGGGACAUUCUGGGUGAUAUGCCGAGCAUUUUUGACAAAAAGAAAUGGAAUCUUGACGAGUUGAAAGCUGUACAAGUACAUCACACUAGAAUGGCAAAUGGAUUUGUGAUGCGUGUUGCCGGAAAAAGAAUUGUGUUCUCGGGAGAUACCAAACCUUGUGAUUUAUUAGUUGAGGAAGGACAAGGAGCAGACAUUCUGGUUCACGAGUCUACAUUUGAAGAUGGGCAUGAGAAUGAUGCGAUGCGUAAACGGCAUUCUACAAUGGGUCAGGCUGUGGAUGUUGGAAAACGAAUGAAUGCGAAGCACAUUAUCCUAACACAUUUCAGUGCGAGAUAUCCAAAAGUUCCAGUUCUCCCGCAGUAUCUCGACACAGAUAAUAUCGGAAUUGCAAUGGAUAUGCUACGAGUCAGAUUUGACCAUUUGUCACUAGUACCAAAAUUACUCCCUAUUUAUAGGGAAGUCUUCGUAUCUGAGCUUUUCGAGUUAGCCAUCAAAAAGGAGCAGCGAAAUCUCAAAGAUAAGGAAUCACUCGAGAAAAAUGAGCAGAGAAAAGCGGUGAAGCAGAGCAGUUGA